CGGGAGCUGCCGCGCGCCCGCCAAACGCGGGCGCAGGACCCAGGCGUCCGAGCCCGGGCUCCGGUGGGGCCCCGCCCCUCCCCCAGCCCCAGGGCCCCCGCCCCGCCCCCGCCCACUUCUGCCCAGCCGACCCCCGCGCCCGCCCCCGCGCGGAGAGGGGCCGGUCCUCGACGGCCCGCGGGAAGGUGCCAGCCCGCCCCGGAUGGGCAUCGUGGAGCUAGGCUGCGGAGACAUGCUAACGGGCACCGAGCCGAUGCCGGCGAGCGACGAGGGCCGGGCGCCAGGCGCCGACCCGCAGAACCGCUACUACUACCCGGAGCCGGGCGCACAGGACGCGACCGACCGUCGCGGGGGUGCCAGCCUGGGGGCGCCCUACGCUGGGGGCGCCCUGGUGCCCGCCCCGCCAGGCCGCUACCUCGGAGCCUACUCCUACCCGCCCCGGCCCCAGGCCGCCGGCUUCCCCGGGGCGAGCGAGCCCUUCCCGCCGACGCCGGGCGCCGAGGGCUACCAGCCCGGAGACGCCUACUCGGCUCCGGACCCGCGCGCCACACUCUACCCGGGGCCGCGCGAGGACUAUAUACUGCCGCCGGGGCUGGAGGUGUCCGGGAAGCUGAGAGUUGCGCUCAACAACCACCUGUUGUGGUCCAAGUUUAAUCAGCACCAGACGGAGAUGAUCAUCACCAAGCAGGGAAGGCGGAUGUUCCCAUUCCUGUCAUUUACUGUGGCUGGCCUGGAGCCCAACAGCCAUUACCGGAUGUAUGUGGACGUGGUCUUGGUGGACCAGCACCACUGGCGGUAUCAGAGCGGCAAGUGGGUGCAAUGUGGAAAGGCCGAGGGCAGCAUGCCAGGGAACCGCCAGUACGUCCAUCCAGAUUCCCCCAACACCGGAGCCCACUGGAUGCGCCAGGAGGUGUCAUUCGGGAAACUAAAGCUCACGAACAACAAGGGGGCUUCCAACAAUGCGACCCAGAUGAUCGUGCUUCAGUCCCUCCAUAAAUACCAGCCCCGGCUGCACAUUGUCGAAGUCAACGAUGGAGAGCCGGAGGCGGCCUGCAACACACACGUCUUCACUUUCCAAGAAACCCAGUUCAUCGCCGUGACCGCCUACCAGAAUGCUGAGAUUACUCAGCUGAAAAUUGAUAAUAACCCUUUUGCCAAAGGAUUCCGGGAGAACUUUGAGUCCAUGUAUGCAUCGGUUGACACCAGCGUCCCCUCCCCGCCUGGACCCAACUGUCAACUGCUUGGGGGAGACCACUAUUCUCCUCUCCUCCCCAACCAGUAUCCCGUCUCCAGCCGUUUCUACCCCGACCUUCCUGGCCAGGCCAAGGAUGUGGUUCCCCAGACUUACUGGCUGGGAGCCCCCCGGGACCACAGCUACGAGGCCGAGUUUCGAGCUGUCAGCAUGAAGCCUGCAUUCCUGCCCUCCGCGCCCGGGCCCACCAUGUCCUACUACCGAAGCCAGGAAGUCCUGGCACCUGGAGCGGGCUGGCCUGUGGCCCCCCAGUACCCUCCCAAGGUGGGCCCAGCCAACUGGUUCCGCUCCAUGCGAACUCUGCCCAUGGAACCUGGCCCUGGAGCCUCAGAGGGGCGGGGGCCAGAGGAGCAGGGCUCCCCCUCCCUGUGGACUGAUAUCACCCCACUCCGGCCAGAGUCCAGCAACUCGGGACUGGGCGAAGGAGACUCUAAGAGGAGGCGUGUGUCCCCCUAUCCUUCCAGUGGUGACAGCUCGUCCCCUGCGGGGGCCCCUUCUCCUUUCGAUAAGGACACUGAAGCCCAGUUUUACAACUAUUUUCCCAACUGAGCAGAUGACGUGAAAAGAACAGGAAGAACGUCGUUAGGUUGGCGACACCAACCACACCACAAACUCAGGACUGAGCCGUCCCCAGCCUUUUCUGUCCCCAGCCUUUUGUAGUUGGUUGAGGAAGAGGGGGGCCAAGAAGGAUUCUGAGGUUCACCUGCGUCUCCCGGCCCACAGGGAAACCUGCGAGGACUGUCCUCUGCCCCAACUACAGUCAUAUACCUGGUGCUGCUUCUGGCUGUGGGUUCCCAGCUGGAGAACAUAAAAUGGACCACGGAAGGUCUGGGACACAAAAGAGCUUCCUCUCUUCUGCGGGUUGGGGUUGGGGGUGGGGGUAUCAGGGUCGAGUGGGAUGGCCCGGCUGGAGACUCAGGUCUCUCACUCUGUAGACUAACUGUCAGCAUUUCCAUUUGUGUGUGUGUUAAUCCCUGAUAUGGAAAUAAAGACAUGUGGAUUUUGUAAGUCAGCCAGCCAGGGUCAGGGAGAGGACCCGAGUGACUCUGAACAACUGGCCUGGGCCCCACCCUCAGUGGAGUCCCGGGGAAGGGGCUGGCAAGGGGAUGGGGAUGGUGCAUGACUCAAGAAGCAAAGUCUUGAGAUUUCCCAAGUGGCUUGGUGGUGAAGAAUCUGCCUGACAGUGCAGAAGACGGGUUUAAUCCUUGAUCCGGGAAGAUCCCAUAUGCCAGGGAGCAGCUAAGCCCAUGCACCACAACUACUGAGCCUGUGUUCUGGAGCCCGGGAGCUGAAAAUACUGAGCCCAUGUGCCGCAACUACUGAAGCCAGCGAGCCCUAGAGCCUGUGCUCUGAAACAAAAGACGCCUCCUCAACGAGAAACCCACAUACCACAGCUAGAGAGUAGCCCCGCAAGUAGAGAAAAGCUCCGCACAGCAUUGAAGAGCCAGCACAGCCAAAAAAUAAAUAAAUAAAAUAAUUUUUUUUUUAUUUUAAAAAGGAAGCACUGACUUGCCAAGGGGACAGGGGAUGGUGUGUAAGGAUGCAUUUUUUCUUUUUUGGGGAACAGGGGAGGCUAUUUAUUGUACAGAGAGUGGUGUCCAGAUAUAGUACUUUUGUCUUCAUCACUUUCUGGAAAUAAACACAAAACUGUCAA